AUGGCCUUUUGUACCGCAGACCGCAGCCUUACGCCUACAUACGGAGCUUCGUUUACACACACCCUGUUCCAACCGCUGUUCACCGUUCGGCCUGGGCGUACACACCCAGCAGUUUAUGUGGUUAUGACGAUAAUGUCCAGUGCGGACUACCGCCCUAACUUCAACGACGCGCCUGGUUGGCGGGACCGGAACGGCGGUGUCCUGCCGGAGCUCAACCACUUUGUGUCACUGCCCUCCGACACUGCAGCCGGAGCGCAUGCCCUAGCCGUUGCUGCCUUUGCCGAUAUGGUUACAGUCCCGCGUGAGGGCUUGGAGAAAGCGCAAACCGCAGUGGCACAAGCUGAAGAGGCGCCGGAUCUUGCGGAGACUCUUGUCGCCGACAUGAUGAUCGCUUUGAGGGAGCCGGCAGCGACCAUGACAAGUAAAAAGCCUGGCGAAACGGGUGGAAGCCAACAAAGUGGGGGUGAUGGACAUGGACAAGACACCAUGGACCACGAGAAGGGCAGAAACGGUGGAAUAUGCGGCCCAGAGGAGCCGCGUGGAGGAACCGGCAAGGGUGGCGACGACGUGUCCGAGGGGGGCAAACGGCAGGCGACCAAGGACGGGCUUUCAACGGGUGCGCCGGCAGGGGACUGCGGCGGGGCAACGGAUAUGGAGAUCUGUCAACUACGAAGGAAAUCUCACGGGUUUCAGCGGCUCGCACUCGCUCGAGAGGGGAGGGCUAAAGUCCUGCCGCCCACAAUGGUCGACGAGAGAUUCGAUGACGUCCGCAAGUGGACGGCGACUGGCGUCAAACCCACGGACAUGUUCAACCUGCUGGAAAUGGACGACGACGGUUUGUGCUUGGCGAAAGACGGGAAGAAGNCCGUGCUUGGCGAUCAUGGGGUGUGUAUGUCUGACAGAUUCCGAACGUUUUCCGAACCCUCCAAGGUGUAUAACGCCAUAAACAAGAUUCUAAACGAGUUGUACUCCACGCCUGAGGAUAGCGCCAAUUUCCUCACGAAGUUGGAAGCUGAGCCCGGGAUGUUCGUCAAGCGCACUUUCGAUAGCCUAGGGAGGAUCGUUGAUGUGUUCUGGGCCACCGUCGACCAACAGGACAAGAUGGCGACGUUCGGCGGCUGUAUCCAGAUGGAUACUACAGUGUUCACCAACAGGUACGGGUGCCCACUCCUGUUCAUAGUGGGCGUGGACGACGAAAACCGCAUGUGCGUCUUGAGGCAGGGCGUGCUGCGGUCGGAAAGCACCAAAACCUUCAAGUGGUUCUUGGACUCGUACGAGGAAGCUGCUGGUGGACGGAGGCCAAAGGUCAUGCUGACCGACGCAGACCAGGCCCAUGGCCGCGGCCUUGAGGGAGUGGAAGACCACCGUGCACCUGUGGUGCUUGUGGCAUCUCAACAAGAACGUGGUCAAGCACUGUUCCUCGUCCUUUUCUGACACAAGACACGGGAGAAGAUGCUCCGUCUAUUCAGAAACGCUGCGUACGCCGCUACGCCGGAGGCCUUCGCUACGUACCGGGCUGACCUGGAGAGGACCGUCAGGGGCAAGA